GUGUGUAUGUGUCUGUGUCUGUGAGUGUGGGUGAACCCAGAACCUGCCCAAGCCCACUCCCUCCACCUGAGCCCUGUAUCUUCACCAUGUGUGCCCCUUUCAUCUGUUGUGGAGCCUGUACAGCCACGCCAAGCUCCCUCCGAGAGCUCUAGAAAGCCGGUCACUAACUUUGCAGACGGAUGAACCCCGAGCAGCCAGAGGAGACUGGGGCUUUCAACGCUGCCCCUCUGUCCUGCCGGCUUGGAUCCCUUGGGUCCUCCUAGGCUCCGUUCUGGAACCCUGACCAUGGAACCCUGAAGUGGCUCUGAUUUCCAGAGCUCAGUGGCAGACCCCAACACCCCAGGCCCUUCCUGCCCCUCCCACCGCCAGCUUUCAAGCUCCAAGAGGGAGGGGUGGGGAGGGGAUCACGAUCUCACUGGACCGGCGGCUACCAUCAUGAUGCUCAACUCAGACACCAUGGAGUUGGACCUGCCUCCCACUCACUCGGAGGCCGAGUCCGGCUUCAGCGACUGUGGGGGUGGGGCAGGCCCCGAGAGUGCUGGGCCGGGGUGUCCGGGCGGGGGCCAGGCCCGGGGGUCAGAGCCGGGAGAGCCUGGCCGGAAAGACCUGCAGCACCUCAGCCGGGAAGAGCGCAGGCGUCGGCGCAGGGCCACUGCCAAGUACCGCACGGCGCAUGCCACGCGGGAGCGCAUCCGCGUGGAGGCCUUCAACUUGGCCUUCGCUGAGCUGCGGAAGCUGCUGCCCACGCUGCCUCCGGACAAGAAGCUCUCCAAGAUUGAGAUCCUGCGCCUCGCCAUCUGCUACAUCUCCUACCUGAACCACGUGCUGGACGUCUGA